GGUAUUCCUAAAAUUAACCUCUUUUUCUCUCAUGUGCCAUUAUUUCUCGUACGGACUAAAUGUGACUUAAGGACGGCAUUCGAUCCUGAUCUCGGACAAAGAUUGAAAAACUCGAUUCAUGCAUUACGAUACCUCGAAUGCUCAGCCAAGCAGAUGAACGGAGUAAAGUACGUGUUUCUCGAAACUCUGGCGGCGCUCAAGCUGAAACCCGAAAAAGAUGAAGCAGAAGAUCCCGAAUUCAUGUCACUGACGCCGCUGGAGGGUGUUGCCGCAGUGCUCAGUCGACUAGGAAGCUCUGGUCCAUUGCUGAACCAAAUCUUCGUGAAUGCUCGUGAAUGCCUGACGAAUCCGGCAGCUUUCCCUGAAGCCAAACAGUCGGUAAGACUUUGUGCCACUACUAUAACUGACUGA